AUGCAAUCUGUAGAACACUAUACAGAACAAGUGAGAACUUUGACUCAACAGUGCAUCGAAACCUUUGAUCGAUUUAUGGAUGUAAACAAAUUUCUUUUUUAACAUCUUAGGAAUCAUACGAUAGAGUCAAUGGAGCCAUUGACUCCAUUUACAAUUAAAUUUGUUUAAAGCCAGUUCCUGAAUAGAAGAAGGACCAAAGAAUAAGUACCGAACUUGUAAAAUUACCAGAUGCUCCUCAAUUAAAAAUAGAUCUGAUCAUCGAUAUCACUCCUGAUGAGAUCAAAUCAUUUAGGUAAAAAAGAAGUUUUUAAUUAAUAUUUUUAUAGACGUGUGUAAUAAUAGAAGGUGGAAGUAGUACAAGAAGAGCAGGAGGUAUUUGAGAGAUAGGAGGAUCUCUUAUAAAUUUUAGCCAAUGCUAAUUAUAUUAUUAUUGAUGAUGAUGACUCAUCAUCAAUAUACAAGAAACUUUUAGAUAUACUCAAGAAGGAUGAAAUCAAAGAUUGGGUGGCAUAUCUCUAAUCAUUUAAAUAUUAGGAUCAAAAGGAGAAGGAGUAAAUUAAAAGGAUAAUUAAUAUCCUGAAGAACUUAAAAGAUCAUGAAUUCAAUUUGAAAGACUAUUCCUCAGAAGCAUUUGAAGAGAUUAAAAAGGAUCUGAUUAAGAAGUUGUAAGAUGAUAAGAGCAUAAUGGAUUUAUUGAAAUUUUUAGUCCAAUUUACAAGUAUAGAUGAUCAGUUCAUCUAAUGUGGAUCCAAUUCACUUCAUAUAUUGGUAAUAAUGAAGGUAGAUGUCAGAAACCAAUCCUUUGAGAAUAUCAGAAUAAAGAAUACUUCUUUGAUUGGAGGAAACUUUGUAAGGUGUAAUUUGAAUGGAUCAGAAUUGUGGAUAUUAGAGGAGUCAAUUUUAAUGGAGCUUAAAUGUUCAAUUGUAAAUGGAAAAACAUUAAAGUCCAUGAAUUGAAUAAACUGGAUGGUCAUAGUGGAACUGUCUGGUCUUCUGUUUCUCUCCUGAUGGAAAUACAUUAGCUUCUGGUAGUGAUGAUAAGUCUAUCCGUCUAUGGGAUGUCAAGACAGCAUAAGAAAUUAAAUCCUCUGAUAAAAACUACAAAGAUAUUUUUGCAUAAUUUAAAAUACCACUUUAAAAUAGUUAAUUAUUACCAAAUGGUAUUUUUUAUUUAUUAUUAUUUAGUUGAGACAAUACUUAGAAUUUGUUUGAAUCCUUUCUUAGAAGCAUAAGGUACACUAGGAGAUUUUAUAAAGCAAAAAGGAAUAGAAUUAAAACCUUUAUUCAAGUUUAAAGGAAGUUGCUUUUUUGAAGGCUUAAAGCAAAAAUGA